AUGGCGUCGGUGUCGCCACCUAAACCGUGGGAGAGAGCAGGCGCUGCAACCGGAAACGCAUUAACCACAACCACCACACCCAGUCCAGCGGCCACCGCGAUGACUUCCUCGGUCAACCCCGCAACCUCAACCACCUCCGCCCCCGACCUCCCCUCUCGCCCUAACACCCUCAACUCUGUCGUCAACAACACUGCAUCCAACUACUCUCCCUAUGGCGCUUCCCGCUUAGGAUCCACCGGAUACGGAGGAUAUGGCGGUAUGGGCGGCAUGGGUGGUAUGGGCAGUUACUCCUCUCCCUACUCCCGCUUCGGCUCUAUGGGAGGCAUGGGCUCCAUGUAUGGCGGCUACGGCGGCAUGGGAGGCAUGUAUGGUGGCAUGGGAGGUAUGGGAGGGAUGUACGGGGGCAUGCCUGGGCAGGAUCCCAAUGACCCCAACAGCUUGACCAACUCCUUCAGCCAAAGCACCCAGGCCACCUUCCACAUGAUCGAGAGCAUCGUCGGUGCCUUUGGCGGAUUCGCCCAGAUGCUGGAGAGCACCUACAUGGCCACACACAGUUCAUUCUUUGCAAUGGUCUCGGUCGCAGAGCAAUUCGGCAACCUGCGUAACACCCUCGGCUCGGCCCUGGGAAUCUUCACCAUAAUCCGCUGGUUCCGCACCCUCAUCGCGAAACUCACCGGCCGACCACCCCCAGCCGACGCCACGGCCCUAACCCCCGCGGCAUUCGCUGCUUUCAUGGGCGGUCGCUCAUCCGCCGCCAGCCUCCCCGACGGCUCGCCCGCCCCAGCGAAGCCAUCAAAGAAGCCCUUCUUCAUGUUCCUCGUAGCCGUCUUCGGCCUCCCCUACCUAAUGGGCAAACUCAUCAAAGCGCUCGCCCGCUCCCAAGAAGAAGAGGCUCGCCGCCGCCAACAACUCGCGGGACCCAACGACGGCUCCGCAGCUUCGCUCGAUCCCACGAAGCUAGACUUCUGCCGCGUUAUAUAUGACUACUCUCCCGAGACGCAGGAGAGCAACGGCAUCGAUCUCGCUGUGAAGAAGGGCGAUAUCGUUGCCGUCCUCAGCAAGUCCGAUCCCAUGGGUAAUGCUUCCGAGUGGUGGCGCUGCCGUGCUCGUGACGGUGGCGUCGGAUAUCUCCCCGGCCCGUACCUGGAGACUAUCCAGCGCCGUCCGAACCAGGCAGCCAUCGAGGGCCCCGAGGCGGCUGCUCUCGCUGCUCCGGCGAAGGGUGUCCCUGAGCGAACCCAGAGUCUGUCUGCCCUGUCCAAGCCUGACCAGCCUCCUGAGCUGAAGGGCAAGAUGGGCGAUAUCUCGCCUGAGAGCUUCCAAAAGAGCACUUUCUAUUCCUGA